AUGGAAGUUGAACACGGCAGGAAAGAAAAUGAACAAAGUUUAGUAAAUGAUUACUUUGACCGUGAAUUCUACUUCGAAAAUAAUAUUUGUGAUGUUGCUUCUGCACCAGGCGAAAGUGGUGUUAAUCUAGGUUGUGAACCUGUGGACUUUCUUAACAAAAGGACAACAUCAUCAUCUCCAACUCCAAAUCACAUUGACCCACUCAACUACUAUGAUUCAUUGGACCACCACGAUGGACAAAAUCAAGUCCCUAGUGAAGACACAUUUAGUUUCCCAAGUGGGUCAGAUUUGGCAAUUGGUCAAGAAUUCACGAACAAAGAUGAGGUAAAAACUAAGUUGAUCGAUAUUGCAUUAAAGACUUGCUUUGAGAUGGAAAUUAAUAAAUCUACCAAGUCAUUAUAUGUGACAAAAUGCAUUGACAAGUCAUGCAAUUGGGCAGUGCGUGUAGCAAAAGUUACCAACUCAGAGCGUUUCUCAAUACAAACUUAUUUUAACACUCACACUUGUUCCCUUAUUAGCUGGAAAAGAAAGCAUCAUCAAGCAAGUGCUGUAGUAGUUGCUAAUGUCGUGAGGUCAAGUUUUGAUUUUCAAAAAGAGACACCGAAGCCAAAAGCAAUAAUGACGAUUAUGCAGAACAAUCACAUGCCAAUAACAUAUUGGAAAACUUGGAAAGGGAAAAAAAUUGCAAACAACCUUCUUAGAGGUUCACUUGAAUUAAGUUUUCAAAAUCUUCCAACUUACUUAUACAUGGUUCGAAAUAUGAAUCCAGGUAUGAUAACUCAUUCGGAGGUGGAUGAAGAUUCUAAAUUCAAAUAUGUUUUCUUAGCAUAUGGAGCAUGCAUCAAAGGAUUCUGUUGCAUGAGAAAGGUUAUAGCGGUGGAUGGGACUUGGUUGAAGACCAAGUACAAAGGUGUAAUGCUCAUUGCAAUAGCACAAGAUGGUAAUUUUCAUCAAUAUCCUAUUGCUUGGGCUAUGGUUGAUUCAGAGAAUGAUGCUUCAUGGUCAUGGUUCCUUGCAAAGUUACAAGAACUUAUACUAGAUGAUAGUGAUUUAAUCUUUAUUUCAGAUAGAAAUCAAAGCAUCAUCAAUGGGGUGUCAAAUAUUUAUAGGAAGUCACAACAUAGGCAUUGUAGGUGGCAUCUAUCUCAGAAUAUUAAAGCACGUGUCAGAGUUAAAGGUGUCAUAAAAUCAUUCGAAGAAACUGUCAAUGCCUAUAAAGUUUCUGACUUCAACAAAGUCUAUGAUGAAUUGAAGAAUAGAUAUCCUAUAGCAGUGAAGUAUCUUGAAGAAUAA